AUGGCACACAUCCGCCAAAAGUUCAAAGACGGUCAGCUGGACGGUUACCAGAAGAAGAAGUACCUCUCCAAGAUCGUCUUCACCUACAUCCUCGGCUACCAAGUCGACAUUGGCCAUAUGGAAGCGGUCAACCUCAUCGCCAGCACCAAGUACUCGGAGAAGCAGAUCGGAUACCUGGCCAUCACAUUGCUCAUGCAUGAAAACUCCGACAUUGUCCGGCUCGUCGUCAACUCGAUCCGCAAGGACCUGGAUGAGAUCAACGAAGUGAGCAACUGCCUCGCGCUCCAUGCCAUCGCCAACAUCGGCGGCAAGGAGAUGGCGGAAGCUCUUUCAGGCGACGUGCACCGUCUCCUCAUCUCGCCAACAUCCCGAAGCUUCGUCAAGAAGAAGGCGGCGCUCACGCUGCUCCGUCUGUACCGGAAGCAUCCCGAGGUGAUUCCGGCAGAGGAAUGGGCUCUGCGCAUCAUCGCCAUCAUGGACGACGACAAUCUAGGUGUGGCGCUUGCCGUGACAAGUUUGGUCAUGGCCAUGGCACAGGAUCAUCCGGAGGCUUUCGCGAGCUCGUAUCAGAAAGCUGUACAUCGCAUGCAUCGGAUCGUCGUGGAGAGCGACUUUACAUCCGAGUACAUCUACUACAAAGUGCCCAUCCCUUGGCUGCAGGUCAAGCUGUUGCGUCUGCUUCAGUACUACCCUAGCCCCGACGACCCUACGCUCAGAUCUACCAUCGAAACCGUACUAGAUACGAUCAUCAACAACUCGCAAGACAGUCCCAAAAACGUGCAGCACAACAACGCGCAAAACGCCAUCCUGUUCGAGGCUAUCAACCUCGCCAUCCAGCUCGAUACCGAAUCUGCGGUAGUAGCAAAGGCGGCUGUGUUGCUCGGCCGCUUCAUCUUGUCCCGCGAGACAAACGUGCGUUACCUGGGUCUCGACACCAUGGCUCACCUGGCAGCGUGUGCCGAGAGCUUGGAGCCGAUCAAGAUGCAUCAGAACACCAUCAUCCUUUCGCUGCGCGACAAGGACAUCUCGGUGCGACGCAGAGGUGUCGAUCUGCUGUACAGCAUGUGCGACUCGACCAACGCCAAAGUCAUUGUUGCGGAGCUGCUCAAGUACAUGCAGGUGGCGGACUAUGCGCUGAGGGAAGAGAUGGUGCUCAAGAUCGCUAUCCUCACCGAGAAGUUUGCGACCGAGUACAGCUGGUACGUCGACACGAUCCUGCAGCUCAUCAGCUCUGCGGGCGACCACGUCAGCGAAGAGGUGUGGUACCGCGUGAUCCAGAUCGUCGUCAACAACGAGGACGUGCAAGAGUACGCGGCGACCAAGGUGCUCGAGCACCUCAAGUCAUCGACGUGCCACGAGAACAUGAUCAAGGUGGGAGGAUACAUCUUGGGCGAGUUCGGCCAUCUGAUUGCAAACGAUCCCGGCGCGAGCCCCAUCGAGCAGUUCCACACGCUGCACUCACGGUCGCAUCUGUGUUCGCAAUCGACACGCGCAUUGCUGCUGUCGACGUACGUCAAAUGGCUCAACCUGUUUCCCGAGAUCCGCGAGCAGAUCCUGUACGUGCUCAACAGGUACAGGCACGUUCUCGAUGCCGAGCUGCAGCAGAGGGCGUGCGAGUACGUAGCUCUGGCAGAGAUGCCAGAUGAUGAUCUAUUGCAAGCGGUGUGCGACGAGAUGCCGCCGUUUGCGGAACGCUCGUCCUUGCUGCUCAGCCGGCUGCACAAGAAGCAUACGGAUACGGAGGACAAGAGGACGUGGAUCAUUGGCGGCAAGGACACCAACCGCGGAAGAGAACAGGCGAGGCUCGAGAGUCUCAAAAAGGGCAAAGCCAACGGUGGAGCCAUGCCGACGGGCAAUGCUGGCUCCGUCAUCCCAGCGGGUCACCGCAGCGAAGCGGUCACAGCCGAUGCCAUGCGCAACGGUGCAAACGACGAUACGGAGAAUGUGUUGGCCGGCUUGGAGGGACUCGAUAUGAGCGCACCGACGCCAGGGCUCGAAAAUGCGGGUCUCCUCUCGGAGCAGCCCUUGAUCGGCGGACAGACAACUCCAGGAAGCUCUGCAGCGACGACGCCAUCGACACCUCUCAACACGAAGCCACUGACUGCCGGUGCUGACAAGUUCUUCCAACGGCUGUGCUUUGCACCCGAAGGCGUGCUCUACGAAGACAGUCAGAUCCAGAUCGGGCUUAAGACCGAGUAUCACGGACAUCAGGGUCGCCUCGCGCUCUACUUUGGCAACAAGAUCGCGGUCAACUUCAACUCGUUCACGGUCUCUGUGCGGUCGCAGGAGCCUGCGGGGUUGAGCGUGACGGUGCCCAAGAUUGCGACCAACUCGCUGGGCGCCAUGACUCAGGCGCAGACGCUGGUGCUGGUGGAGUGCAAGGAACUGUUUACGCAGCCGCCGAUCCUCGAAGUGUCGUACCUGGCGGGAUCGCUGCAAGAGAUCCGGCUGCGACUGCCCGUGCUGAUGACCAAAUUCAUCGAGCCGGUCCAGCUAGGUGCGACUGACUUUUUCGAACGCUGGAGGCAGAUCGGUGGACCGCCUCGGGAAGCACAGAAGAUCUUUGGAUUCAAGCUCACGAAUGCGGGUGAGGUGGAUGUGGUCAGGCAGAGGAGGGUGUUGGAGGGGGCGAGGUUGCAGGUGUUGGAUGGGGUGGAUGCGAAUCCGAGCAACUCGGUGGCUGCCGGUGUGCUUCACAUGGCGAAUGCGGGUAAGGUGGGGUGUCUGUUGAGGUUGGAGCCCAACAGAGAUGCCAAGAUGGCGCGGUUGACGGUGAGGACGACGAACGAUCUGGCGAGCGCCGAGUUGUUGAGGGUGCUGUUGGCGGUGCUGGCCGUUGAUCAGGGCCGGCUUUAG